UACAACAGACAUGAUGUACCAGGCUUUUCUGCUGGCGAUCCCUCUACUGAUGGUGUUUCAGACGUCGUGCAUAAACACUUCACCGCUUGAUUCUGUAAAAACGAUUGAGCAGGCAAGAGCUCCAAAAGUUAGCUUGAGCCGUCUUGAUGAGCUAAGAAAUAGGGCUAAAUUCAUUGGCAGAAGCUGCAAGGAAGUUAAGGACAGAUAUGGUCAAGCUGAAGACGGUCUGUACUACCUGACCACGUCUACUGGGGUGGUGUACCAGACCUUCUGUGACAUGACCACAGCGGGCGGUGGCUGGACUCUGGUGGCAAGCGUGCACGAGGACAACAUCUACGCGAAGUGCACAGUUGGCGAUCGUUGGACCAGCCAGCAGGGAAACAACGCCAACUGGCCAAAAGGGGAAGGCAACUGGGCCAACAGGAAGACUUUCGGAACAGUGGAGGCAGCCACGGACGAUGACUUCAAGAAUCCUGGCUACUAUGACAUAGAUGCAGAAGACAUGUCGGUGUGGCACGUUCCCAACAAAACGCCCUUUUACCACUGGAACCUGGCCGCCAUCAUGCGCUACCACACUGAGAGGCGCUUCCUCCAUCUGUACGGAGGAAACCUGUACUACCUCUUCCACCGCUACCCGGUCGAGUACAACGUUGGAAAACACCUGUCCGACAAUGGACCCUCCAUUCCCAUAGUUUAUGACCUCGGGGACAAAGAGUCCACCAAAAUGUUCUACGGCCCUAACACUAGAGGGGAGACUGAGGGAGGCUUCAUCAGUUUCAGAGCCAUAAAUCUUGAACGGGCGGCCACAGCCAUCUGCUCUGGGGUCAAACCCAAAGGCGGUGAGGUUGAUGCAUACUGUAUUGGUGGUGGUGGGUUUUUCCCUCAGGGUAACCCUCUACAGUGUGGGGAUUUCACCUCCUUUGCCUGGAACGGUUAUGGGACCAAUGUAGGCUGGAGUGCAUCAAAACAGAUGCUGGAGUCAGCUGUGUUACUCUUUUACCGCUAAUUCACAGUUCAUUUAUUUUUCUUUGAUUGUUUCAUAGAUUGAUUGAUAGAUUUUUGGGUAAAACAAUUCAUACAGUUUAAAAUGAAAAGUACAUUUAAAAGUAAUUUUGGAAAUAUUAGUAAUACCUUUUUAUAUUUUUUAUCUAUUCAUUCCAUUACUACAAAGAAACAUCAUAAAGCAAUAACCAUUCCAUUCAUCAUAAAAAUAUUUGUGUCUCAUACAAUCAUUAAAUAGUUAUAGCUGAUAGUGACAAGUAUUAUUCUGUCAUGUGAGGCUCUUAAUAACUGAAUUACGGUAAGGUUAGUGUAAACCACUUUGUAACACCUGUUGUGUUGGGGUGAUGAGGGUUGGAAAUUCAGUGUAUGGAUUGUGUGUGCUUGUUGGAACUUUCUUCCUGCAAUAAUGUAACAAUAAAGUAGUCUGUGGGUCUGAAAGCAUGAAA